AUGUCUGAUUCACCUCCUUCGACCCCAGCCUGGAGCAUCAGCAACAUGGCCAAUAGCGCAAUGACAUUCCUACGUCUUCCUGUCCUGGCAUCGUCCGGCCUCGCAGUGGUCGCAAGUGGCCUCUUAUACUUCAAGCAAAAUGAAUUGAUAUACCCCCGCAAUGUCCCCGUCGAUGCGCGAACCGAAGUCCCGAGCCCCCGUCAAUUCGGCAUCACAGACUUUGAAGACCUUCAGAUUCCGACGCCAGAUGGCGAGACACUGCACGCCUUCUUCCUGCGGCAACCAAAGACUCGCUUCCGUCGCGACAUGACAGUCCUGAUGUUCCAUGGAAAUGCUGGUAACAUCGGCCACCGAGUUCCCAUCGCCAAGGCGAUCCAGGAUACACUUCAGUGCAAUGUUAUCUUGUUGGAGUAUCGGGGGUACGGCCUGUCGACCGGCACGCCGGAUGAGGCAGGCUUGAAGAUUGAUGCUCAGACUGGUCUUGACUACAUGCGCCAGCGCCCCGAGUUCAGCGAUACCAAGUUCGUGAUCUAUGGUCAAAGUCUGGGCGGGGCUGUGGCUAUCAACCUCGUUGCGACAAAUCAGGAGCAGGGUGAUAUUGGUGGUUUGAUCUUGGAGAAUACUUUUUUGAGUAUUCGCAAGCUGAUCCCUAGUGUAUUCCCUCCUGCUAGAUACCUUGCUCGUCUGUGCCACCAAUACUGGACGAGCGAAGAUGUGCUGCCUAUGAUCACCAAGGUGCCGGUUCUCUUCCUGAGUGGACUCAAGGACGAACUUGUGCCGCCAUCAAAUAUGACCCAACUCUUCGCUGCUUGCAAGUCCGAACGCAAGAUCUGGCGCACACUACCCAACGGCGGCCACAACGACUCCGUUGCCGAACCGGGCUACUUCGACCACAUCCACUCGUUCAUCCGUGAGGAGGUCGAAAGCGAGUAA